AUGCCUCCUUCUGUCCGUAUCCAUUUUGAUUCAUUCAAGUUUGGGCAGGCCCUGGAUCUUGGCUCCCCUAGAAUUGAAAACGUCCUCUGUCUUGUGCUUCUGGUAUCCGUGGCAAAUGCAGCAAUCAUGCCCCGUCAAAGCUCUUCGAGUGGAAGAUUCCAGUUCGACCCCAAUGAAUUUUUGGACUGCAGGCUACUCUGCGUCGCAGACAUUGCCUUUACACCAACCUCGUACCCUAUGCCAUUCAAAGAGUACUGGUGCUCUCAUAUUUGGGCCGACCCUGAGGUAAAAGCAGUGGUCACCCAAGGCCUCCAGCCGGAGACUCUUCAGCUCUAUGGUCUUAACGCGAGCGCCAAAAGCUUUUGUCUGUCACUUGAAUCAGCAGACUACAGUAGCUUUUAUUCAUCCAUAUCGGAUGCACUUUAUACGAAAACAAGACCUGUGUACUUCCAAGUGACCAAUGCGCAGUACUAUGUGGCCGAUUGGACACCGCAGGUCACUUCUCCAUCCUGUGAUACUUCCUGCGAAGUGCGCCCCGCUAUUACAACCAUUGUUGAUUCGGAUGGAUUCACCUAUACUUCCGCAUCAGCCUACGUCACCUACUGUAAUAUCUCAGCAACAGAGGACUGCCUUGGAAAUUUGGGAAAGACCAUCGCUAGCACAAUGAUAGCUCACGCACCCACGGAUCUAAAGACACGAGAUGGUAAUUACUCUCACAGCAAUGCAUUAGUUCCUAUCAAUUACGCAGACAACUAUUCGAAUUGCUCCAGCAACUGGUACAGUGGCAAUAGUUCGCGUAUCCUUCUUGACGCACAAUAUGACUUGCAGCAUUGCCACCCAUGGCUGCAAGCCCCACCUAGAUUGGAAGCUCUAGACCCAGCCUGGGCGAAUUGUUUUCGCAGUCUUGAUAUAAACGACCCGCCUCGUGCGUUGACGGCAGCUGAUUUUGUGGCUCCUACCCCACUGAAGCAUUCGGUUUCAUUGAGUGUUGCUGCUCCCUCACCAGGUCCACAAGCUGCACAACCCACGCCUUCGCCGACACCCCCUCCAAGCACACCUGCACCUGGUGGUGCCGCGGAUAGUAAGUCAGCGAGCGGCAUUCCAGACCAUCCAACGCCUGCGAAGGACCCAGUGUCUGCUGAUCCGAUUGCCGAGACAGAUGCUCCCGUCGCGACUCUCAAACACUUCAUUGACCCAGCGCCUGCGCAGAAUUCAGGGCCUAGUGAUACGAGUUUUAAUGAAGAAUCUGGCGUUGCGGCUUUCAAACCUUCCAAUGACCCAGCGACUGUAGAUAAUUCAGCUACCACCGAUGCGGGCGUUGUGGCUCCAAACCCCACGGACGGUCCUGCGUCUACCAAAGAUCCAGGUACGAGUGAUCCGAAUGUUGAUUACGGUCCUGCCAUUAGGGGCUAUCAAAGUUACUUCUACUUCUUCUAG